GUUGUUGUUGUUGUGUGAAUGGCGGGUAAAAUUAUUAUUCUGUAACCACUUUGUCCGUGUUUUUUGUGUAUGGCGGGUCUAUUCCGGAAAGGGUAGAUAUAUAUGUAUCUGGGUUUCUUCGUUUUCUGAACUUCCGAUAGAAAAUGCACGAUCCGCCUCCUGAUUCAUCCAUGUAAACAGUCAACUUUCAAGACGAUAUCAACAGAUAAAACUUCGGACGAUUUCAACAGAUAAGACAUCGGACAUUCAUAAUGAACAAUGUGUGACAUCAGUGAAAUAGAUUGUGUGGAUUCCCAUUUUCACAUAUGGAAUUUGAAAAAAUUCCAAUAUCCGUGGCCCACAUCAGCCGAGGCAGCGAUAUUCAGGGAUUUUUCGGCCUGUGAAUUGGAGGAUAACCUGAAAAAGACCCCUGUCAGACAUGCUGUGUUUGUCCAGUGCCUGAACGGCACGCCAGAGGAAGCAAAGUGGGUAAUGAGUCAGGCAGAGAGUUAUCCAUUUAUCAAAGGAGUCGUGGGUGGAAUAGAUCUAACCAGCCCAAAGCUGCCAGAGGUCCUCAAUGACAUGCAGAGUCAUGCCUUGUUUAAAGGAUGUCGCCAUAUUUUGGACAUGGAAAAGCCGGACUGGAUCACAAGAGAGGACGUUCACAGAGGACUAAAGGUGCUGGAAGACCUGCAAAUUCCAUACGAUCUUCUCUUAAGACCUCCUUUGCUGAAAUAUAUACCAGAUGUGGUUUCAAAGUUUCCUAGGUUAAAGUUUGUUGUUGAUCACAUUGCCAAGCCAUAUGUUAAGGACAAAACAAUUGAUGGAUGGAGAGAAGAAAUUGCUGCUAUAGCAAAAUAUCCAAAUGUCUAUUGCAAGCUGUCUGGUCUCGUAACAGAAGCAGACUGGGAAUCCUGGAAGACUGAAGAUUUCCAGCCGUAUAUUGACCAUGUGUUGGGUUGCUUCGGAGUAGACAGGUGUAUGUAUGGAUCAGACUGGCCUGUUUGUAAUCUCGCUAAGGCAGAUUAUAAGACUGUGUUCAAUUUGUUGCAAAGACUUUUAGGUUCCAUGGCAUUUGAAGACAAGAAAAAGAUUUUCAGACUGAAUGCAGCAGAGUUUUAUAAGCUGGACUUGUAAAAAAUAAAUAAAUUAUGAAAUCUAUUUAUACUCAUCCAUAUGCCCUGUUUGUUAAAUUGCAAUCAUUUACAAUACAUGCACAUUUUUCUGGAGGAGUGGAUAAAUAAUUGUCUUCAUAUUUUGAAUGCCACGGGAAAUAAAGCAAUGAUUACAAUUA